AUGUUGCGCAUGUUCAACGACGGCGUGGCGAUGAUGCUGCUGUUCCUUGCUGUGUACUUGUUUGCACGCCAACGCUGGCGCUGGGGCUGUGUGCUCUUCAGUCUCGCAGUGUCGAUCAAGAUGAACGUCUUGCUGUUCGCACCGGCACUGUUCUUCUUGUUGCUGCAGUCGUGUGGUAUUCUGCGCACGGCGUGGUACUUAUUGGUCUGCGCAGCUAUUCAGGUUGCGUUGGGCUACCCGUUCCUCAAGCACAACUGGUGGGGCUACGUGAACAGAGCGUUUGACCUCAGCCGCGUGUUUGCGUUCAAGUGGACGGUCAAUUGGCGGUUCCUGGACGAAGCAACGUUCGUGUCGGGCGGAUUCGCACUGCUGUUGCUACUGGGGCACGUGUUCUUCAUGGUACUGCUUCUCGACAAGCACUUUCACAUCGUGGGCACGAUCCGCGCGGUGAUGAUGAAGCCGUUCGCUGUCUACGAGCCAUUCCCCAUCCAGAGUGAGAUCGUCGUGACGUCGCUCUUCGUCAUGAACUUUGUCGGCGUCGUCUUCUCGCGCACGCUGCACUACCAAUUCUACGCAUGGUACUACCCGACGCUGCCGUACCUGCUGUGGUGUUCCGACCUCCCGCUGCUGCUCAAGAUGGCGGCGCUGCUGAACAACGAGUACGCGUUCAACACGUUCCCGUCGACCACCAUGAGCUCGAUCAUGCUGCAGCUCACCAACCUGUUCCUGCUCAUCACGCUGUACCUGAACCAGAAGUCGAACUCGUUCGUGCCGUACCUGGACGCCGAGUCGCGGCUCAAGCUGACCGCCUUCGUGAACGAAGAGUGCUUCGACGGCGCGCGUCAGCUCGCGCUGUACUACGGCAGCGUGACGGAGAAUCUGGCCGACGGGGCGCGAGUCGCGUCCAUUGACGAGCACGAGGUGGUGCUGUCGCUGCCCACGAUGAAGCUGACGCUCGCAGUGGGCUUUGGGAGCAGCGGACCGGUCACGGGCGAGGGCUACGGCCGUCAGGUGCUGACGGAGAUGCUGCGUGAGGCGGGCGCGGGCCUUCGGGCCGGCAACACGAUGGGCAAACUCAUCAGCCGCGAGUACACGAAGGAGAAGGAGCUCGAGCGGCUCGUGAACGCGCUGGACGAGCCGCACGAGCGGACGGACGCGCGCCAGUCGCUGCGGCAGCGGACGACCGCGACAACAGUGACGACGACGACGACGUCGACGAUGACGACGACGAGCGUGUAA